AAGACAACAUAGAAGAUUUUAAUUUUGAUCAAUUACUUAACGAUAUAACUAAGGCAGAAGAUGCGCUUAAUGAACUUGAUGGAAGACUUGAUAAUUUUAAUGCUAAAGUUGACGCAAUCUUGUUGAGCAGUGAUAGUUCUCAAAAAAAGUAUUGUGAGAACAAUGCAUCAUUGCAUGCCACCGAAAAUUUGGAUAAAUCCGAAAAAUCAGAUCCUAAAAAUAAAUAA